AUGUCGGCUCCCGAAUCCUAUAAUGAAGCUAAAAGGCUCAGAGCUGUUGAUAUACAUUCCAACUUGCCCCACUGGGGAAACAGCGGUAAGUUCAACUUCCUCAUUAAAAAGAUGCUAAACUUAUUCGGUACAAACGGCGCUUCAAUCAGUCUCAUCAAUGCCAGAUACCAAGUAGUCAAGUAUCAGCAAGGUCUCGGGUUUGCCAAGUGCGCUAGACAGAUUUCUUUAGAUGCACAUGCAAUACUUUCUUCUCAGUUUUUUGCACUCAAUGAUGCUUCCAAAGACUGGCGUACUAAUUCCAAUCCCCUAGUAAAGGGACUUCCGUAUAUCAAGUAUUUUGUUGCUGUGCCUUUGAUUACAAGGCAGAAUGAAGCCAUAGGAGCGUUGUCGAUAUUUGACUCUUUUGCCAGAGAUAAUGUUAACGAAAAUACCAUCCUUAUAUUGAAACAGAUGGCCAAUGAAGUGAUGCAAUAUCUCGAAGAAGAUAUGACAAGUAUCCCUGGUAUUUCCAAAAAGGGCCAAUCACGAGAGAAUCCUUCUCAGGUCGGUUCUGCUUCCACUAAUCCUAAUUGUUCUAUAUCCUCUACGCCUUCUUCUGUAUCACUAUUGGAAAAAUUUGGCAGAGCCACUUCCAGAGAUCCGACUAGUUCCAUCAUAUUUGAACGUGACGGCUCCGGAAGUAGUUAUCAGAACCAUACACUCCUUAGAUUCAGCAGGUUUUACCACCCUUAUGAUGAUCUUAUAGAUCUAUCAGUCUGGAAGCAGAUGCUGGGCUGUAAGAAUUUCCGGGUGGCUUCAAACCUUCUUGCAAGGAUUUUAAUAGAUAGGCUUGGCUUUCAUUGUGUUUAUUUUAUGCAGAUGCAAGCUAGUAGACCUGCGAGAAUUAAAGGUGUCCGACUUCCUAAGGAAAGGGAGGUUUUGCUACGGGAUUUCAAACAUAACAAUAAAGUGGAGAUCUGCGGAGAUGAUUCUAUCAGAUUCCAGUUAUUGGGAAUUCAGGGGGUUGUUGAAGGUAUCGAUAGCAACUGGGAGAAAGAGUUUCAUCUUAGAGCGUUUGGUGUUAAGCAUGGCGUUAUAUACCACACGUCUGAAUCAAAAGCAACCUUUCGCUCUGGAGUCUGUAUUCCGUUCUACAGAAUUCCAGAAAAAUUGGUCAGAAGGAGUCAGAGAAGAACCGUUGACGUUACCGAUCUCUACUUGAGGCAUGGCGGAUAUCUGAUUUCGUGCUUCAACACUAACAACAGAGAAAUCACAGAAGAAGAAAUAGGAUACAUUUAUGGGUGUGCAUCAAUUCUAAGAAGAAUGUAUCUUAUGAUGUGA